AUGGCGUUUGCUGGGACAAAUAUCAGUUUGUCCCAGCCGGAUAUCACGCAGAAACUAACGGAGCGCAUAGACGACCUGAAGCAAAAGAUUGCCGCUUGGGGGAAGCGGAUUCGCCGAUUUACCGAGAGGUCAAGGCGGUUCAACCAGAAUCGUCUCUUCCAGAGUGAUCAGAAGAGGCUCUACAAAUCAUUGGAGCGACCAGAGGUAUGUGGAGCGGGCCCAGGACCGGAUCAGGCUAACACUGUCGCAUUUUGGCGUGGCCUGUGGUCAGAGCCCGUAAACCACAGCGAGGGCCCUUGGACGGAAGUUGUGGCGAGUCAGUGUGCGAGUAUUACGCCCAUGGACCCCGUCAUCAUAACGCCGGAUGACGUAGCUGAGGCGGUCCGUAGAGCCCCGAACUGGAAAAGUCCGGGACUCGACGGACUGCAUCACUACUGGCUGAAGGGGUUCAUGGUGUGUCACGCUGUGCUCGCCCGUCAGUUUCAAGAGGCUCUCAACCAGAAGUCGCUCCCUAGCCUCUUCACUACUGGGAUCACUCAUUUGGUUCCUAAAGACCAGGCCGGGUUCCCACUAUGCCGGAUCGGCAGAUUUACCGGCUCGGUAAAACUGCCGGAAGAGCUAAUGGCUAAAGAAUAUAUAUGA